AUGGAGUAUCCAAUCGCAAAACGACAGCCGCCGCCUGAUAGUGACUCCGAGUCAGAAGACGAAUCGCCUAUCGAACACCCUCCAAGACAUGAUGCUGGUUCAGAGCGUAGUCAAAGGGAAGAAGAGAUCGUGUUGAAUGAGCCGAGACGUGCAUCCGAGCGUACUGCAGCGAGACGUGCGUCUGAGCGCAUUAAAAGUCAAGGCAAAGGCGAGUGGACGUUAAAAGAGCCGAGACGUGUGUCCGACCGAAUUCGAAGUCAAGGGAAGGGGGAAUUGAAACGAAGUUCUGAUCAUUUCAUCCAGGCCGGGUCCAGCAACAAGCGUACCAAGAAGGACAAUGAGAAGGACAAUGAUGAUACUACCACGAAGGAUGAUGUCAAGUCCGAAGCGAAAGCGCUCGACGCGAUUGUCCAGAAUGGUUUGUAUGUCGCUGAGAUGUUUGCGGCUCAUGUCGCACGGCCUUACGUCGUCUCCUACGUAGUGGUUGACGACAUGAUCUACAUGUGGCGUUUUGAUCGGGAAGAUACAAUUCAAUUUGCUGGCAUCAACUUCCUUCAGGAUCUUCCCCGCUUUCUCGUCUUGCUCCUCACUAUGCAGCGAAUGCAAUAUACGCAGUGGGGCUUUCACCCUCUAUUCGAGCCUCAGCCUGGAUUUUCUGGCCCUGUCUAUAUCGACGAUCCGACACUUGGCCGGGUUGACCUCACAUUAGAUGUCUCCAAUGCGUAUUCAUCUCAUUUUGGGCUGCGUGGACGUGCAACCACCGUCUUACCAGUGAAGAGCCAGGCACUCUCGCAAUUGCUUCGGGCACGUGAGCGUCCCAAUGAACCAUCUGCCGUCGACCCUACUCCAUCCGGUGCUGAUCCUCCUCCUGAUACACACCCGCCUGGUCCUCCUCAUAACACAACGACCGAAAUGGUCGCCAAACUCUUUUGGCCAGAAGAGGCACGCUUGAGCGAGCCUGAGAUACUCGCGAAAGUGCAGGCGAUCGCUGAACGUGACUCGUGGGUGAAGGGCCAUGUCCCAGACAUGGUCUGGUUCCAUAGGUUUGAUGAGACAUCCACGGCCCGCAUCAGAAAGGCAUUAGGAAUGGAUCACAAUACGCAGGGCAGCCGAGUCUUUUACAUCAUCGUAUUCAGGAAGCUUCAGCCGAUCACAGACCUAAGUGGGCCUGAGUUUCGCGAUGCAUGGUGGCAAAUCAUUAAUUGUCAUCGUAUACUCUGGGAAGGUGGUGUCUAUCACCGUGAUAUCAGCCCCAGCAAUCUCAUGUACUAUCGGCUCUUAUGCGGUCGUGUGAUAGGCGUCCUCAACGACUAUGAUUUAUCAUCCAUUCAAGAUGAUUGUGCCAGAGGCAAUGAGCGCACAGGAACGGUACCUUUCAUGGCGAUCAAGCUGCUCACAGUAUCGGCCAUCGACGGCGCAGUUGAGCACGUGUACCGGCACGAUGCUGAAUCAUUCAUCUGGGUUUUUGUCUGGGUCUGUCUUCGGUAUAAGGAUGGCAAACUCCGCCGUAAGCCCAGAGGCCGCCUCGACCAGUGGCUCAAAGCAGAUGCGCCUACAUGCUGCGCGCUCAAGAGCCACUUUUUGCUAAUGAGAACAUUUUCGAAACGUGGCUAA